GAGCAGUGUUAACUGAACUCCAGUGUGACGAUUCAGUGUACAGUUGUUUUACAAGUCUUUACACGAAUACGAGAAGACAACGUGCUUCUUUCUUAGCAUAUGUCGAAUUGCAGUGACUGGAAGGUACAUCCUCAGUGAACAAGAAGUAAAAACAAACUAUGCCUCCUCCCGGUGUGUGUUUAAACAUUGUGAGGGAUCGUCAGAGAGAAGACGGACAGGGAACUCCAAGCAACCCAUGUAACUUUAAUGGUCAGGAUUUUCUAGUGUUGCGUGACUACUGUCUGAGUAAUAGAGUCAGAUUUGUCGAUAAAACAUUCCCACCUGUAAUUGAAUCCAUUGGACAGGAAUUACUCACUCCAGAAGAAAUGAGCAGAGUGGUAUGGAAAAGACCAGGGAACCUACACAGUGAUCCACAUUUAAUAGUGGCUGGGCUAAGCAGAUUUGAUGUUUGUCAAGGAUCUGUGGGUAACUGCUGGUUCCUGGCAGCCUUGGGUUCGUUAACAUUUCAACCAGACAUGCUGUACCAGAUUAUCCCCCAAGACCAAGGAUUUACACAGAAAUAUGCAGGGAUUUUCCAUUUUGUGUUUUGGCGGUUUGGAAAGUGGGUGGAUGUAGUGAUAGAUGACAAACUGCCAACUUUAGAUGGGAAAUACUUGUUUGUUUACCCAAGAAGCAAAAGUGAAUUCUGGCCAUCCUUGCUGGAAAAAGCGUAUGCCAAGUUGUGUGGCUCCUAUUCUAACAUGAAUUCUGGCUUAGUCGCUGAAGCUUUAAUGGACUUCACCGGAGGGGUCAAUAUCACGUUCAGUCUAAAGGAGCCAGUGGCAGAUCUUUGGCAGAUAAUGAAAAGAGCUGAAAGCCUGAAGUCCUUAAUGGCAUGUGGAACACCUCAAGGGAAAACACCACAAAACACAAUGCUGCCAAAUGGAAUAGUGGAAGGGCAUGCCUAUACAGUGACUGGUGUGGCUAAGGUGCAGUGUGAUCAACAAAUAGUGGAGUUGGUUCGAAUGUGGAAUCCAUGGGGCAAAGUGGAGUGGAAUGGCCAAUGGAGUGAUGGCUCUCCAGAGUGGAAUUACGUGGAUCCAGCUAUCAGACAUGCGCUAUGCAAUAACCGAGAAGAUGGAGAAUUUUGGAUGACGAUGAAGGACUUCAAAGCAAACUACGCAGAUCUGAAUAUUUGCAAUACAUCUCCUGAUUUUCUAAAUUCAGGGACUACUUGCAUGUGGGCCAAAUCUGUUCACAGUGGCAGGUGGGUGAAAGGAACCACAGCCGGUGGCUGCUUCAACAACAGAGAAACAUUUUGGAUGAAUCCCCAGUACCGGGUGACACUGACUGAUUCUUCUACACAGGAAGGCCUAACAACCUGCAAUGUUGUGGUGUCUCUCAUCCAGGAACCCACAAACAGAUUCAGACACCAAUCUGUAAAUAAAUAUAUAGGGUUUGCAAUAUACAAGGUGCCUCCUUCAUAUCAGGGAAUCAAUGAAAGACUACCAGCUGAGUUCUUCAUGACUGAACAAAUCAUUGUCAAAAGUAAAAGUUUUGUAAAUUCGCGUUCAGUUACUGAGAACUUUAUGCUGCAGUCUGGGGAGUACUUAGUUGUUCCAUCCACUUACAACCAAAAUGAAGUGGCCAGCUUUGUGUUAACCAUCUAUUCCAAGACCAAGAACUACACAGAAGAAAUUGGCUCCAAUCUAAAUUUAAAUAUUCCAAAGCAUAUCAAUUCUCCUCUUGAAGACAAUGCCCAUAAGAAGGUUUUUGAAAAAUAUUCUGAUGUGGACCAAGAAAUUGAUGCUGCCCAGUUGCAGAUGUUACUUAAUGAAGCAGUUCUGGGGGGAAGGACAAAUGAAACAGGGGGGUUUGGCUUGGAUUCUUGCAAAGGAAUUAUAGCCAUAAUGGACCUCACUACCUCUGGUAAAUUAAAUGCUGACGAAUUUUUACGUCUAUGGAAGAGGAUCACUAUCUACCAGGAAAUCUUCCACCAAAAAGAUGUGUCACGAACUGGAUUCCUUUUCUUACAUGAGCUUCGCAGUGCAAUACAGGCCAGAGGCAUUCAAUUAAACGAUGAGCUGUUGAACCUCAUGGCUCUGAGAUAUGGAGACUCCUCCUCCAGGAUUACUUUGGAGAGCUAUCUGUGCCUCAUGUUGCGACUGGAGUGCAUGGCGAAAGUAUUCCAAAAGUUAUCAUCUGACGGAAAAGGCAUGUACCUUCAAGCGUCCGAGUGGAUGUUUCUUACCAUGUAUUCCUGAAAUACCAGAAGUACUUGAAUAUUGUCUAAAUGCUGACGAGCUGCAAUUUAGACUCUACCAAACUAUGUUAAAGAAAGCUUUCCAGUUUAUUUGAAAUGCAUUUUGAAAUUGUAUUGGAGUGUAAUAAUAUUGCCCCAACAAAAAUAUACUUUAUUAUAUAGCUAUUAUAGAACAGUAUAGUACUGUAUUUUAGUGUAAAAACUGUUGCAAAGAUAUCAGUCUUAUCAUAAUCAUACUAAUCAUUUAUAUAGGACAUUUUUUUUAUUACAAUUACUGUAGAAUGUAGAAUGAUUUCAUAUAGGACAUGUACAUCAAAACACUAGGUUUAGACAAAACUAGGCUUUAGGGCCACCAUUGGCAGUCAAGGUGGUGGUGAAUUGAUUUGACAAGCAGUUUAAUUUACUUGAUGGUUUAUGUUGGGGUGGAAGUCUGCUAUCCAGAAAUGGACAUUAUUUUUGAGACAGACCCACAUGAAACAGUGUUAAAUCUUGGAUAAGGAAGGACCUGUCAGUGGAUCGACUGCUAUACUUAUCCCUGAAUCAAGGUCUGUCAGAUAUACUAUGCUGUAUAGUAUUAUUAUUAUUAUUAUUAUUACUUUUAGUUUUAUCCAAGGUGACUUACAGAGAUUGGGACAGAAACUGACUAUAUAUUAAACAAUGCUGUACAUGUCAGGAACCAUAUGUAGUAGUUUAAUUUUUAAUGUGUGUUUAAUUAUUCACAAAUAAAAAAAAAAUACAAUUAAAAUGUAUAAUGCCAUGGCAUUGCCCGCCAAGGCUAGCACAAGUGUCCCUCAAUUGUGAAAUGCUAGUAAUCAAAAUUUUUCAAUUAUUUUUUUUUUUUUCCUCACAGCUUCAAAGCUUGCCGCUGCAUAAGAAAAAUCUUGAAGUGAAUGUAAUUUUCUUUUCACAAUAUUGCUAUAUGCAACAGUGGCCCCUGGUGGCAGAAUUGACCUGCCAAAGAACAUUUGAUAAGCUAUUGUGCUGCGUGUGUGUGAAUCAUCUCAAACUCUGUGGUCAAUUUUGUUGCUUGCUGAUUGGGUGUUUUAGUUUAGCGUGGGGAAGGGGUUCAGAUAGGCACAUAUCUUUGUAAGGUAGAAGACUGCAAAUUGAUAAACUAUCCUCUUUGCUUUAUUUGAAUGUAAGUGUUACAUCCUAUAUUUACAGACAUCAUGUUUAUAUUCAAAGAUGAAUAUGUAUUGUGACGAAUUCUUGCUUCUGGUUGCACUGAAUGACUGUAUAGUAUAGACUUCCACACACUACCAGGUGUGUUUAAAUAACAAACACUGACAACAGUAGUACAGUUACACUCCGUGGGUUGUAUUUAUUUUUGAAACA